CUCAUCAGCUCUUUUAGUUUGAACAUAAGGUUCAUUUUGUGCGCCGUUUUUCUCAUGCACCGGUUUUCUUUCAUAUGCAUGAUCAAAAUUGAAUCAUUGAUUUGCAAUGAUGCAAUGAAUGCAAUGCGAAUUAGUUUAUCUUUAAUUGAUGUCGACUAAAUUGAAUCUCUUAAAGAGCCAAAGAUCCGACCAGCUCGUAGCGUGUUCCCUUCGUCAUAAUGCAGUGAACUGGGUAGCAAAUGAGUGAGCUGAUGAGCUGCGGUUCUUUUGAAAAGAGCUGUGAGCUGUCAGCUCACUUCAAUGAUUCGAUUCACUGGAACAGCUCAGGAGCGAAUUGCCCAUCUCUAGUGGAGUAGUGAAAGAUUGAAGUUGUGAAUCGGGUGGCUCGUCUUAUCCAUUGAAAAAAAAAAGCUGGUCGUCGUGAUCGCCAUUCGGUCGUCAGUGUUUGGAGACGUAGAGUUUUGGGUCGUCGAAAAUUAAAAAGUUCCAGCUAUUCCUCCGCAUCAAAACAAGGCCACAGCUGGUCCCCAAAUCGUAGGCUCGUUGGUUCCUUAGGUGUGCGACAAUUUCCCUAAAUUUUCGGUGGUCUCUUGUGGCAGUCACAGGCAGCCGAGUGCGAAACAAGAGGCAAAAUAAGAGGCGGUAACUUUUUCGGUGUAAAUCGAAAGUAGAUCAAAAGCAGUGAGGCUGUGGCAAAAAAAGUGAAUAAAAAUUGUAUAGAAAUUGGCCCGUAAUGGCCACGGAAUGGUGUUGGUAGUGGAUGCACGACGUACAUUUUCGGAUUUGUUGAUAGUUCCCGGAAAUUGAGCUGAAUUUGGACUGCAGAGCGUAGCAUCACGCGGACAGUGGCAGAGAGCAGUCACUAGCAGUAACUAAGAAGAAGAAUUUCGGCCUAGAAUUCGAAUAUCCAGGUCUGGAAUUAACAUCAACUGCUUUAUUCCGCUCAAUGGUUUUCCCGUGACAAUGGACUUCAUGCCGGCAUCCAGAGGCUGUGAGCGCUAAUCUAUUAUCGAGAAGCUUGUCCGCAUAGGUCACAAAACUGCGAACAAUCGGGACACCCGUAACACACAAAAUGUUCUCUCCAAAUAAUCCAACAUCGAUAGCCGUUUGAUCGGGCUGCGCGCGUAACCAUCUGGACGAACUAAGCCAGGUGCCGCGCCCAAGUGCACGUCGGUUGUAUCGGUGAUUGUCGGUCGGUCUGACAGCAGUAGUUAGCACGGAUCAACCCAGAAUCGACUCAGUCGCCAGACCGCAGUGGUCCCCAACGAAUUCCUUGGAAGGAAUUCGCCCUCCCGAGGACCAGCCAAUCGCGCAAUGUCGGAAGGAUUCGUUGCUGGUGGGCAGCAAGAAGACAUACUCCAGCAACAGCAACAGCAGACUGAGUACCAGUGGUCGUCCUACGCCAUAAUGGAUUCGUCCCGAGUUUCCACUUGCCUGAUAUCGAUGCUUCUGAUUGUGUAUGGCAGCUUCCGCAGUCUCAACAUGGAGCAGGAACAACGCGAGAAGGAAAAGAAGCGUCAAAGCGAAAGCAUGAACAAUUUGAUCACGGGAGAACCAGUGCAACAGGAGCAAAAUAAAUUUGCAACUUUAGAUACUAUGCACGCUCUCUGUCUUCCACUGGGGGCAUCCGUCUCACUCCUAGUGAUGUUCUUCUUUUUCGACUCAAUGCAAAUGCUUUUUGCCGUUUGCACAGCAAUUAUCGCCACCGUAGCAUUAGCGUUCCUACUACUUCCCAUGUGUCAGUACAUCAUUCGACCAUGUUCCGAUGGUAAUCGGAUAUCGUUUGGAGUUUGUGGUCGUUUUACAGCGGCAGAACUGUUCAGUUUCUCGUUAGCGGUCUCGAUUGUCUGUAUCUGGGUUUUGACAGGCCAUUGGUUGUUGAUGGACGCCAUGGGAAUGGGUCUAUGUGUUGCAUUUAUUGCCUUCGUACGAUUGCCAAGUUUGAAGGUUUCCACAUUACUGCUCACGGGGCUAUUGAUCUAUGAUGUGUUCUGGGUGUUCUUCUCAUCUUAUAUCUUCAGUACGAAUGUGAUGGUCAAGGUAGCAACACGUCCCGCGGAGAAUCCGGUUGGCAUUGUCGCACGAAAGUUCAAUCUCGGAGGAAUCGUAAGAGAACCUCCCAAGUUAAAUCUACCAGGCAAAUUGGUAUUUCCUAGCAUUCACAACAGUGGUCACUUUUCGAUGCUUGGGUUGGGAGAUAUCGUUAUGCCGGGACUGCUGCUGUGCUUCGUACUGCGUUACGAUGCUUACAAGAAGACCCAGUGCACGCAAACGGCGGAAACGGGCGUACCACCACCGAGAGGAGUCGGCUCAAAACUUACUUAUUUCCAUUGUUCCUUGUUAGGUUAUUUUCUCGGUUUAUUAACAGCCACGGUUAGCUCGGAAGUAUUCAAGGCAGCCCAACCUGCUUUGUUGUACCUAGUUCCAUUCACAUUGCUACCUCUGCUAACGAUGGCAUAUCUAAAGGGUGACUUGAGGCGAAUGUGGAGUGAACCGUUCAUCAUACAACAAGCAUCUAAGCAAUUAGAAGUUUAAGCUGUAAUUGCAAUUCAGAGUAGGGACAACCAAUACAUCUACAUAAAUAGUAUUAAGGUUACGUUGAGUAAAACAAAACAAAUCUAUUAUAGGAUGAGAACAAGGAUAGUGUAAGUACCUACAUCUGUAAGAACUGCAAAAUAAACCACAUUACUGAUAUGGAUAUAUGAAUGUAUUUAGUAACAAAUCGAACAAGUCGGUAGCAAGCGAACAAAUACAAAAAUGGCCCCAUGCGUUACUGUGCUCCAAAUGAAAGACAUUUCCGGAUCCCACGACAUUGUAGUGCGAAUCAAGUGAAGUCGUUUUAAGAACACAAGGGAACCACACAAAUACAGACAGCUACAUUACAAGUCUAGGAGCUAAGCAUACCUUUGAUAUAAGAAAGAUUUUUGUGCGUUUUUUUUUUAUGAUUUUUUAGUUAUUCUUAUUUCUUAUUUCGAGACUUUAGCAAUGUGUACGUAUUAAUUUAACGCAAGCUAUGAACAAACUACGACUUUAGCAACUGUAAGCCAGAGAAGUUGGACUUCGUUAAUCAAACAUGCAAAUAUUUUAUAUACCCCGAGCAGAAAACGAACCAUAAUCAUUGUAGUACUAUUUUUUCAUCUAAUUUAAAAAUCACCCUACUUCAUCCUGUCAUUUACAAAGAGCGCGCGAAAAUAGCUAUCGUCGUACUUUGAACCUAGAGAGAAGGCAUGGAAUGCUAGUGGUUUUGAAUUCCUCGAAAAAAAAUAUCAGUUCAAGUCAAAUUAUUAGUAAGCAUAGGUUCCGUAUGAAUCAACCGAAUUUUGGGCCAAAUUUUCCAUGGUCGAACCAACCAAACAGUUGAAGAACUCAUUUGCGAUUAGUAUAGCCCGCUCUAGCCCAGAACGACGUCUGAUGUUUUACUUUACAGUCUUCUGAAGACAGAUCAGGAAUAUAAGCAAACUUUUUCGGAGCAAAAAGUCGUUACAUAGCCACACUCACAGCCUCAUGCGAAAUGACAAAAGAAUAUAAAAAUGUGAUAAUUUUAUAUAGUUUCUGCACUCUCUGUGUAUGCCUAUCUCGAAUGUAUACCUUAUAAUUUUUAAAUAGAAAAGUCUGUUUAAACUAGAAAAAUAAAUAUCGUUUUCGAACAUUGUAAA